AGAGGCAGAGAGAAAGGGAGCUUCGCCCGCCGUUACGUUGCCCUCCUGUGUUUGCAAUGGAUCUGUGACCAUCGGGGAGGGCGAGGCGAUCCAGCAAAGCAGCCACACCAACAUAUAUUAAAAGGAGCGCCUUCUCCAGCGACCAACCUGCCUCCCUCUCCAAGGUCUUGGAUACGGAGGAGGAGGAACAACUGCGAGGGAACUAACUGCUGCUGUGUCUGAAGAAUGGGCCUUCACACUCCAGCUUGAGCGGAAAGCAGUCAACAAGCAGGAAGCGGGCAUCGUUCCAAGUAGAUUCCUAAGGGGUGCCAGCCAGCCAGUGCUAAUUGAAGGUUGCUAUGGUUCCCCCACUCUCGGUCUGAACAGGCAAUGAAAGAAUCUCCCUCUCUUGGUAACAAGUAGCUUUCUUGGAAUCACUGGAGAAUGAGAUGGCGGUGCGGCCCCUGUGAAUUGUCCCGUUCUACAAGGGCAACACAGACUAUAAGGAGGAGGGAGCUGGAAGGCAGGGCUACCUCCUGGACUGGAUGUAAGAAGUCAGCCAGGCAGGUGGAGGCUGAGUUCAGACUGAGGUUAGUGGGGCAGCGCCCCACUCGUCCUACCAGACCAGCCUCCCGUGUUUCCAAGAAUAAUUCAGAGCGUUAAAAGGCUGCAGUUUUAUCGCUGACAUGAAUCGUCAAACAUGCUUUUGAGGCUUUGGACGCCGUACUGAAGGGCCUUCUCUCAGACUUCCUCCUGUGGUAGAGUCACCGUGGUCCGAAAUUCUCCAGGCAUAUUCAGCAGCGUUGCGCUUUGGCACCGCCAAUGUCCCGCCAUUUUGUUGUGGAUUACUGGCUAGCGGCGCUGGAAGAUGUCGACGUAGCUUCUUGACAACAAAUCUGGAAGGCAGACUGCGUGCCUCCUCACCUUUUCUUCCUCCUGGCCUGGGGAUUUAUACGUUUAUUCUAUUUCCUUCCUUUCUACCUCAAAAGCUGGUUUGAAAAAAAAAAGUCUAAACAUUUUCCAAAAGCAGUUAUCAAAAAUGACAAGUCUGUUCCGGCGGAGCAGCAGCAAUGGCAGCUCGAGGAGCGGCUCCUCUGCCCAGGAACUCAACAACAGCCGCCCCGCGAGGCAAGUCCGGCGGCUGGAAUUCAACCAGGCCAUGGAAGAUUUCAAGACUAUGUUCCCCAACAUGGAUUACGACAUCAUUGAAUGUGUCUUGAGGGCGAACAAUGGCGCAGUGGACGCCACCAUUGACCAGCUGUUGCAGAUGAACUUAGACGGCAGCGGGUAUGAUGACAGCUCGGAUUCAGAUGACAGUAUUCCUCCUGAGAUCUUGGAACGGACUCUAGAACCUGACAGUUCAGAUGAAGAGCCGCCUCCGGUUUACUCUCCCCCCUCCUAUGACAUGCACGUGUUUGACAGACAGUACCCACAGGCUCCCCCGACACCACCUCCCAGGAACGAUAUCCAGAAUUCCAGUGGCCCCCAAGCACAAAGGCGGUACCGGAACUGGAACCCACCGUUGCUAGGCAACCUUCCUGAUGACUUCCUUCGCAUCUUACCCCAGCAAAUGGAAAAGGUGCAGAGUCCGCAAAGCUGCCACCAAAAAACAGCAAGCCCAGGGAGCCAGCGGGCCCACGGCUCAUUGGACCAGGAGAGGAAGUGGAAGCAGUAUCUGGAAGAUGAGCGGAUCGCGCUCGUCCUGCAGAAUGAGGAGUUUAUGAAGGAGCUGCAGAGGAACCGGGAUUUCCUCCUGGCUCUUGAGAGAGAUCGAUUGAAGUAUGAGUCGAAGAAAUCCAAGAUGAGCAGCGUUGCCCUCACUAAUGAUGUUGCUUUCACCUCUGUAAUAUCAGACGAUGUAGCUCGCUCCAGUGGUGCCGUCUCCGAUGAUGCCUUAUUCAGGGACAAAUUAAAACACAUGGGGAAAUCUACACGCAAGAAGCUCUUUGAACUUGCCAGGGCUUUCUCAGAGAAGACCAAAAUGAGGAAAUCGAAAAGAAAACAGUUGUUGAAGCAUCAAGUGAUGGGAACAGCAGCUUCGACAGCUAAUCUUCUUGAUGACGUUGAAGGACAUUCAUGCGAUGAAGAUGGCCAAGCAAGAAGACGACAGCUACACACGCAAGAUGAAACAUCAAAAGAAGCACAAUCCUGAGCUGGCCAAUAUAUAUUUUUUUAAAGAAAAGGUGAAUAAUGGGAGAAUUGGAAGAUGUCAGAGGAGCACGAUUGGGUCAGUUGCUUUUCUCCUCCCCUGGAGCUGUCAGAUGCUUCCCAAAGCCCAAGCUUUUAAUAAUGCCAGGCACAUGGUUGGUCCUUUCUUACCAGUUGGGUUUGAAAACAGUUACCGGUUGGUUUUUCUUCCUCCUCCUCCAAUCUGAAGAAUCACCAGCCCAAAAGGAGGAAAGAAACAGCGAUCCGAUUUUACAGCUGACCUGAUUUUUUUUUUCUACGUCAAAUAUUUGCAAACUGCAGAAUGAAUUUUUGAGAUCUUAAGGAUAGGUCAAGGACCUUUCUUUCUUUGUUAUACUGUAGCGUUCAGAUGUCUGAACGAAGCGGGGGCCGGGGGGGGGGGGGGAAGAUGCCGUUCAAAUGUGGAUUCUGGCCUGGUGUUUUUAAACCAUAUCUCUUUAACUAACAGAUGACCUUUCUCUAGCCACAGGAUGGCCUCAGAAUUUCAUUGUAUCAUUGAUUAUUAUCAUUACAUAAUUAUUGCUGCUAACAGAAAAUAAGCCCAGAUCAAGAGAUUGGAUGGUCAGGAUGAUAUAAACUUCUCUCCACGGAAAAAAAGAGAAUUUCUGCUGAUUCCAACUACAACCAGAAAUGCCUCAUAGUGGAUUAAUCCCCUGCCCUUGGUCCUUGAUUAUUAUUGUUAUUUUUAAAGUGGGCCUCGGAAUCACCGUCCCUGCAGCUAGAAACCUCUUUCAUGCCAUUGCUUCAGCGUGGCCCCUCUCCUAACUAUGUGUUCCUUGUAUUGCUGAAAAUUAUGAUUGGAAAAUAGGAUUGAUGUAAAGGGUUGUAUUCUGUAUGUGUUUCUGUGAAUAAGGCGUUCUUCAUGUGA